GCCUGUCCCGGCUCCCAUGGCUCAUUCCCUGCGGGCGGCCAUGGCUCUGCGGCGGAAGCUGAGCUGCGCGGCUCGGAGCUACUCGCAAGGAGCCGCCAAGGACUGGCUGACGGAGGACUUCCUUGAUUCCCUGAGAGCUGUGGUGGGCACCGCCAACGUGUCCACGGCUGCAGCUGUUUGCGAGCAACACGGCCACGAUGAGUCCAUGCACAGGUGCUGUCCACCGGAUGCUGUGGUUUGGCCCCAAAAUGUGGAGCAGGUCAGUUUGCUGGUGACGACGUGCUACAGUCGAAACGUUCCCAUCAUCCCCUUUGGCACAGGCACAGGACUGGAAGGCGGUGUGAACGCUGUCCAGGGUGGCGUUUGCUUCAACCUGACCCAAAUGGACCAGAUCUCUCGGCUGAACACAGAGGACUUCACCGUUGCUGUAGAACCAGGGGUGACCCGGAAGAGCUUGAACAGCUUCCUGCGGGGCAGUGGACUCUGGUUUCCUGUCGACCCCGGGGCUGAUGCUUCUCUCUGCGGCAUGGCGGCCACCAGCGCCUCGGGCACCAACGCUGUGCGCUACGGCACCAUGCGCCAGAACGUGCUCAACCUGCAAGUGGUGCUGCCCGACGGGAGGGUGAUGCAUACAGCUGGGCAGAACCGGAGGCCCAGAAAGAGUGCUGCCGGCUACCAACUAACCGGGCUCUUCGUCGGCUCAGAGGGAACGCUAGGCCUCAUCACUGAGGCAACACUGCGCCUGCACGGCAUCCCUGAGGCCACCGUGGCGGCCGUGUGUGCCUUUCCCAGCGUGCAAGGGGCUGUGGACAGCACCGUGCAGAUUCUUCAAGCAGGGAUCCCCAUCGCCCGAAUUGAGUUCCUGGACGAUGUCAUGAUGGGGGCCUGCAACCGCUACAGUGGCCUGAGCUAUGCCGAGGCGCCCACCCUCUUCCUGGAGUUCCACGGCACCGAGAACAGCGUGGGGGAGCAGGUGCAAGCCACGGGGGAGAUCGUGCAGUCGAACGGUGGCUCGGACUUCGUAUGGGCCCAGGAGCAAGAGGCUCGCAACCAGCUGUGGACAGCGCGGCACAACGCCUUUUACGCAGCCUUGGCCCUUCGGCCUGGCCGGAAGAGUUACACCACUGAUGUUUGUGUCCCAAUUUCACGCCUUCCUGCAAUCUUGCUGGAAACGAAGAAAGACCUGCUGGAGUCCAAGAUCACAGGUCCCAUUGCUGGCCACGUGGGUGACGGGAACUUCCACUGUAUCCUCGUUUUUGAUCCUGAAGAUGCUGAAGAAAGUGGCAGAGUGUCAAAGUUCGCUGAACGACUGGGCAGGCGCGCGUUGGCAAUGGACGGCACCUGCACAGGGGAGCACGGCGUGGGCCUGGGCAAGCGGCAGCUUUUGCACGAGGAAGUUGGCGAGGUGGCGCUGUCCACCAUGCAGCACAUUAAGGCAGCGCUAGACCCGAAAAACCUCAUGAACCCUGGAAAGGUGUUGUGACCGCUGGAGGUGGCCCUGCAAGGCACGGCACCCUGUCCCGUCAAGGAGCAGCACGCGCUCCCUCUCUGGCUUGCAGCGUUGGCUGUCAAUGCGCCACCCCGAAGAGGAGCGGGAGGACCUCCGUGCCCUUGGUUAGAGGGCAAGUGUGCAGGGCCUGGCCUGCCCCUGCCUCAACUUACAUUACAAAUCUGUAUUGUCAAGCGGAGCUAAAAUAAACCCUGUGCGCGCCUGUGUGGGAAGAACUGGAGCU